AUGUCGAUGAGCUGCAUAGCUGCAUCAGCCCUCGUGACUGUGGUUUUGCCGGCCGAUCAGUGGACCGGAUGCUCCAACAACGGCCUUGCUGUGAACGCCGGCAGCGUCGUUGUCAGCGGCGGCAUCGACGAGAUCGUCAUCGAUGGCGAGCGGCCGGAUGAGAUUGACGACGAGUCCGCGACCUCUACGCCCGCCGCGUCACGAGUCUGGCGGCUACCCUCAGUGAGCUUGCUACUGCGCGAUCGUCGCGGGGGCGGCCUCGUCGCCUUGUGGUGCGAGAUGGAGGCAGUGUUGGAGGCUGGCGGGCCGAUGGCGCUCAGCGGGUACACGCGGGUGAUGGCCAAGGUCUUGCUGCCACAUGUAAUCUACGCGCGCAUCGACUGUGGGUCGCUGGAGGAGCUCCCUGCCGAGGCCUUUCUCCUGAGCUCGGGCUCGGGCCUCGACCGCGUGUGGGCGCUGAGCAUCGAGCUGGCGCUGGCGCGUGCGCUCGCCGAGGUCCACUCGAUCACGGGUGGCGGGCACGACGUGGUGGUGGACCACAAGAGCGGACGGAUGGUCAUCAAGAGCAACUAG